UGGAUUCAUGCACAUGCAGAGGACAAACUCUUUAAAAAACUCUUUGAUGGUUACAAUAAAUGGUCGAGACCCGUGCAAAACAUCGGUGAUGUUGUUAUAGUCAAGUUUGGCCUCUCCAUCGCCCAGCUUAUUGAUGUGGAUGAGAAGAAUCAAAUGAUGACAACAAACGUUUGGCUGAAACAGGAAUGGAACGAUUAUAAAUUGCGCUGGAACCCCUCUGAUUAUGAUAAUGUAAUGUCCAUUAGAGUCCCAUCAGAGAUGAUAUGGGUACCUGACAUUGUCCUGUACAAUAAUGCCGAUGGCGAGUUUGCUGUGACUCACAUGACCAAAGCCCACCUCUUCUACACGGGCGAGGUAAGCUGGGUUCCCCCUGCCAUCUACAAGAGUUCCUGCAGUAUUGACGUCACCUUCUUCCCGUUUGACCAACAAAACUGCAAGAUGAAAUUUGGUUCCUGGACCUAUGACAAGGCCAAGAUCGAUCUAGAGCAAAUCGAGAACACCGUGGACUUGAAGGACUACUGGGAGAGUGGAGAAUGGGCCAUCGUCAAUGCUGUGGGGACCUACAACACAAAAAAAUAUGACUGUUGCCACGAGAUCUACCCGGACAUCACCUAUUUCUUCAUCAUUCGUCGUUUGCCUCUGUUCUACACCAUAAACCUCAUCAUUCCAUGCCUGCUCAUCUCCUGCUUGACUGUUCUGGUAUUUUACCUGCCAUCAGACUGCGGAGAGAAGAUCACGUUGUGUAUUUCCGUCCUCCUUUCCCUCACUGUCUUCCUCCUCCUCAUCACGGAGAUAAUUCCUUCAACAUCUUUGGUCAUUCCACUGAUUGGAGAAUACCUUCUCUUCACCAUGAUCUUUGUCACACUCUCUAUAGUCAUCACCGUAUUUGUGCUGAAUGUCCACCAUCGUUCUCCAAGCACCCAUAAAAUGCCCCAUUGGGUAAAGUCGGUAUUCCUGGAUCUCAUCCCUCGCUGGCUUUUCAUGCAACGUCCUGAACCUGAUCAGAAUCACCAAAGGUUGCUUGUUUUGCAGGAGAAGAACAAGACUCCCAAUCUCAGCACGUCCAAAAGUUGGUUGCACCAGGAAACAGAUGUGGCAUGUAUCCUCCGAGCUUUGGACGGGGUGCAGUACAUCGCUGAUCACCUGCGUGCUGAGGAUGAAGACUUUUCUGUCAAGGAGGACUGGAAAUAUGUGGCGAUGGUGAUUGACCAUAUCUUCUUGUGGAUGUUCAUCAUUGUGUGCCUACUGGGGACAGUUGGUCUCUUCUUGCCUCCCUGGAUAUCAGGAAUGAUCUGA